AUGUCGUCUCCCGUAUUGGUCAUCACUGGUGCUUCCCGAGGCAUUGGCAAGGCUGCUGUUCUUCAUGCCGUUGGUCGCAAUGCACGCGUGGUGGCUGUCGCUCGCAAUGCCGAUUUGUUGAAUCAACUCAAGCAAGAAGUUGCAGAUAAGGGAAAACAAGAUAACUUGCUCUUAGUCGCCGGCGAUGUCACCGAUUCCAAGGUUGUGGACAAGAUCGUUGAUGAUGCCGUUUCCAAAUGGGGUCAAAUCGACUCGGUUGUUGCUAACGCUGGUGUUAUUGAGCCAAUUGCUACCGUUGCCACCGGUUCAAUUGAAGAAUGGAAGCGUGCCUACGAUAUCAACUUCUUCUCCAUCAUUGAAUUGGUCCAAAAGACCCUUCCUCAUGUUCGCAAGGCCCGUGGUUCUUAUAUCAUGGUCUCUUCUGGUGCCGCUUCAAAGGGUUAUCGCGCAUGGGGCGCCUAUGGCUCGUCUAAGGCUGCUCUCAACCACUUGACUGCUACUCUCGCAAAUGAAGAGCCAGAAAUCACCAGCAUUGCCAUUCGUCCUGGUAUUGUUGACACAAGCAUGCAAAAGACCAUUCGUGAACAGGGCAAGGAGUCUAUGCAAGAUGAGCACCAAAAGUUCGUUGACUUACAUGAGGCUGGCCAGCUCGUAACCCCUGAACAAUCCGGCAGCGUAUUGGUCAACCUUGCCAUCAAGCCCCCACAGCAUCUCUCGGGUAAAUUCCACAGCUGGGAUGACGAAGAACUCAAGGAGUACCAGUAG